AUGGAUCCUCCUGAUGAUAGCCACAGGGGCAGCGUCUGGGUAUGCGAGGUCGAACGUGGCCUUCUUGUAGAUGUGGUGGCAUUCGCCCAGUCCCACAGCGCUAGGGCGUUGAUCUCCAUUUCCUUAAAGACAGAGGGCGUCACCAUCUUGAUUAGGAAGAUGGGCUUUCCUUUAGUAGUACUCACCACCCAAGAAGGCUCUGACCUCAUAUCAUACUUGAACUCUGCUUCCGACCCCUCCACGUCAAUCGUCUUCAACGGGACAGUUCUCGGUGUAUCCCCCUCCCCCCUCAUGGCUUUCUUCUCCUCCCGGGGACCAUCUAAGGCAACGCCAGGAAUCCUCAAGCCAGACAUCUCUGGUCCUGGCCUUAACAUCUUCACGACAUAUAUUCCAUCCGGUGACACUCCGGAGUAUUUUAUCGAAUUUGGCACAUCCAUGGCUACACCUCACCGUAGCGGUGUCGUUGCGCUAUUAAAGGCCGCACAUCCUACUUGGUCACUGGCAGCUAUCAGGUCAGCGAUCGUGACCACGGCAGACACCGACAUCUCUAACGAGUUUCUUGAGCCGGCGCUCUAUUUCACCAAGGGCGCAGGACACAUCAACCCUAACAAAGCUGUUGAUCCCGCUCUUAUUUACGACAUCACCGACAAUGACUACGUCUCCUACAUUUGCGGCAAAUUUGGCGAAGAAGGCGCAAGAAAUAUAGCACGCGAAGUUGUUGAUUGCUCAAAGAGUGUGCUAGAAGAGGAGCUCAACUACCCAUCGAUUCUACUAGCCCCCAAAGGCAGCGCGACGGCCAAAGUAACCCGAAUGAUCACAAAUGUUGGACUGGCGAGAUCGAGCUACACAGUGUCGUUGACCAUAUCGGAGACUUCCGUGUCAGCUACUAUCACCCCCAAGACGCUGACAUUCACAGAGUUGAACGAGAAGAAGUCGUUCACCGUGAGCGCGGAAUGGAGCGCCGGUGGACCUCCCACUUCUGGUAAUCUAUUCGUGGAGGGAAAGUUGACUUGGACCUCCGAUGAUGGUAUAUAUGUGGUGACCAGCCCAUUUGUCGUCUCCGCCCUAGAGUACUCAUUCUGA